GCCGCCCCUCCGGGGCCCAGCGGCGCCGGGUCGCGCCCGACGCCUCUCGCUUCUUUUUACCGAGGGCCGCGGCAGGGCCGGGCCGCUGCCCGCGGAACUCCCCGCGCCGCCCCGCGUUCCCCGCCGGCGCGCUGAGGCGGCGCACCGGGCCCGCGCCGGGCCGCUUAUCGGGUGCACCGCGCCCAGAGGUUGCCUGAAGGGCUGCGGGCGAGAUGGCGGCGCUGGGCUGUCUUCGCCUCCCUGGGCGCGGCGCGCUCGCCUGGCGGCCCGGUGCCGUGGUCCCUGUUCACGCUCGGCUGCUCCAUCAGACGCCGGUGACUGACCAUGCUGACAGCUCUGUCCAAGUCCAGCAAAAGAGCUCAGCCGUUGUGCAGAAAAAGUCCUACGUCCCCAGUAGCAGGGGUGAAUACAUUGUCACCAAACUCGAUGACCUGGUCAACUGGGCGAGAAGGAGCUCCUUGUGGCCGAUGACGUUUGGCCUGGCGUGCUGCGCCGUGGAGAUGAUGCACAUGGCGGCUCCUCGCUACGACAUGGACCGCUUCGGGGUGGUGUUUCGAGCCAGUCCCCGGCAAGCUGAUGUCAUGAUCGUGGCUGGCACUCUGACGAACAAGAUGGCCCCGGCUCUCCGGAAGGUCUAUGACCAGAUGCCAGAACCUCGCUACGUGGUCUCCAUGGGGAGCUGUGCCAAUGGAGGGGGUUACUACCACUACUCCUACUCCGUGGUGAGGGGCUGCGACCGCAUCGUGCCGGUGGACAUCUAUGUGCCAGGUUGCCCACCUACUGCUGAGGCUUUGCUGUAUGGAAUCCUGCAGCUUCAGAAGAAAAUCAAACGGGAGAAGAAGAUUCAGAUCUGGUACAGGAAAUAGCCUUUUAUUUAUGACCUCCCCUCUUGCUUGCCUUCAUACGCACAAUCAACCCAUGUCCUCACACACCUUCUAAUAAAACUCUACCUGGUUAAGACACUC